AUGUCCACUCAAACACAACCCACCUCUUCGACUCUCGAUGUUACAGCAGAAGAAAUUAUCGUUCAGGAAGAGGAAAACAUGAAUAAAACCAACAAGAUUGUUAUCGCCAAGUUGGUUCCUGCAGUAUCAUCAUCAAAAUAUGGUCUUGUUGAAAUUUAUUCUACAGACAAGACGGUAGAGUUUGGACGAAAGCCAGAGUUUCGUUCCGAAUGUAUUGUGAACGAUGGAAGAAUUUCUACGACUCAUUGUGUGUUGAGUGUUGAAGAUUUUCAUAUGGAUGACGCAACAUCUUUGAAAUUUUCAUUGAAAUGUACAGACACGAGUACCAAUGGAUGUUUUGUGAAUGGAAAGAAGUUGGGAAAGAAUAAUGCAGUAACUUUGAAUCAUGGAGAUGUGAUUGGACUUGUUGUGCCAUCUAUAAAUCACAAGUUGAGCUCUGAUCUUCCAAUUUAUCGUGUAGAGCUGGAAAAUCACCAUACUAGUACAACAUCUCAACACACUCAAGAGCUUGCGGUCGAAGAAGAUGUUGCUAAUAUGGCAACCAUUGCUACUACAGAUACACAUGCUAAGGAUGACCUUAAUAUCAGUGCAAACAAUUCUGCAUCAUCCUCAAAUGCAGAUGACAAUGAAAAGAAGAGAAAUCGUGAGAAUUAUGAACAAGAUCAGCCUCAACAAGAAAAUUUGGAACCAAAAAGUGAAACCAAAAAGCAGAAAAAGUCACUGACUGAAAAGGAAAAACAAAUAUUAGCCCUUAUGGGAGCGACUGACAGUGAUAUGGAAGAUAGUCAGGAAGAAGAGAGUGACAUGUUGAGAGAAUUAACAUGCCCAAUAUGCUCAGCCGUGUUUUACAAGCCAGUCUGUGUGAUUCCAUGUCUCCAUAAUUUUUGUUCUUCGUGUCUGUCGGCUUGGGUAGACCCUAGUAGAAAUUUAUUUUGGGGACAGACCAUUAAUUGUCCGACCUGUAGAGCAGAUGUUCAUGAAGUAAGAAAAAAUCCUCAACUGAACAAUUUAACAGAAUCAUACCUCAAGAAUCAUCCUAAAAAAGAUAGAUCAAAAGAAGAGAAAGAAUCCAUGGACUCAAAAGACCGUUUCUUGGGAAAGACAGAUUUGGUGUUGUACAAACGAAAUGGUUCAAGUAGUAGUCACGAUGAUGACUCUGAUAGCGACAAUGACGACGAGCAAGAAGCUUCUGACGAAUCUUCCUCAGAUGAUGACUCUCAACCAGCUACCGUUGCUCCUCGAUGUCCAGAAUGUUUGCAACCGAGCGCUAUUGAUGGAUUUCAAUGCCCUGCCAACGCUCUGCACUGCUUGUGCUCAUAUUGCCAUUGUGCAUUGCCACAUCGAGUUCGGGAUACAACUCUUUCACAAGAUCGAAGACUCACGUGUGAAUUGUGCAACGCCGUUCAUUGUAACUUGUACAAACAAACGACUAAUACUACAGAUCUUUGCUACAUGAAUGGUAUUCACAAGCUUAAAGAGCAUACAUCCAUCAUUGCCAUUCCUCCGACAUGUCUCAAUAAUAAUCAAUAUGAGCGUGAAAUUUUAAUUAACUACAUUCAAAGCAAGUCCAUAUCGCCACAAGACGUCUACAACACAUGCAUGACCAAUUUGGAGAAUGGUACCUUUACGAAUCCAACCUACACAGCGGUCACAACGGAAACCCGAGUAUGCAAGCUUUGUGCCAUUAAGGUUUUUUUCAGACUUGAUUUAUGCAUAUCGGGCAGAGAUACCAAAUUCUGA